AGACAUUGCUGAAGACGUGAGAGAUCUUCUUAUUUUAGGGUGGUCGAUUUCUAUGACACUAUGGAAUCGCAUACUUAUUCCUUUAGUUCAUUUCAUUUACCACUCUGCAAUAUUCCUGUAUCAUAAAGUAUGUGAACAGUAUUCAACUAUUGGACGAUUCCUAUAUAUUCGGGUUGUCCUACCUGGCAUUAAUAAUAUCUUUAACGUUGUUUAUGGGGUCGGUUCCAACAAAACAUUCCGUCUUGUAGUUGAAUAUUCCAUAUCCAUAUUACCUAGUUUAUAUAAUUCAUUGGUAUCUUAUCUCUCUCGACUUCGUGAAAUGUCGAAGCUAGCGUUACCAAUUUGUGUCAAACGUAUUAAAAGAUGUGGUCUAGAAAUCAUUCAAAAUUUUUAUGUUACCUGUAUGGACAUUAUUGUAUAUUCAUCCUGGAUAUAUUACGCCGGCAUCUUACCCGUCAUCAAUAUCAUUCCGGUUGUUAAACAUCUCACAAACUCAAUGUACAAACACGUUAAGGAAUUUCUACUAAAUAUCAUUGUUCCAGUAUGGAAAGCCUUUAAACUAUUAUUACGGCCCGUUGUCACAACUUUAAGCUUCUUUUACACAACUGUUAUAUUGGUGUUCAUCUUCGCAUUGUUACGAUUUGCAAAAUGGUUAAUUUCACUAGCGAACACUAUGUUGAUCCACGCAUUACAAUUUUCACGACAGUCUAUAUCCAUAGUUUUCAAAGUUUCUGAAUCAGCGUAUUAUGCAAUGUUACCUUACUUCAAUAUUAUCAUCUCAACUGUACAGGAGCGAAUUACUAUUCUUUAUACCACUAUUUAUAAUUUUGUGACUGCAUAUCUACAAUGGUUUAUACCAUUAAUUUUAGAAGUCAUGUCGAAUCAAAUUUACGCAUCAAGAGCAUUUUUAAUAGAGAUAUAUACAAAAUAUGAACCUGUAGCCUUGGAGUUAAGACAACGUGUGGUAGAAACAGUUGAUUCAGCUGUCACUAACAUUGGACAAGGGAUGAUGGAUUGGGUCAAGAAAGAACGAGAAUUAAAAGCAAUAUAG